CGCAUGACCGUCGAGUAAUGGAACACAAAAGGGCAGCCGUGUAUUGACUGAUCGCCGAGGAAAACAUUCACAAAUUGCCUCGCCUGUGGCCCGGGAUCCGUCUGCACGCCGACCGAGGUGGAGGAACCGAGAAUCGUCCGUGUCUUCCAAAUUGGAACCCCUCGGCCUUCCUUUGGAUGCGAAUUUCGGCCAGUAAUUUGAUCCGUCCGGAGCUGGAAGGCGUGGCUGUGCAGAAAUGAGGUCCGCGUCCGGUUAAGCCACGUCGCGGAGAAUGUCGAAGCCGCCCAACGAGAACCUGCCGGCCUACAAGCUGGUGGUGGUCGGCGACGGAGGCGUCGGCAAGAGCGCCCUCACCAUCCAGUUCUUCCAGAAGCUGUUCGUCACCGACUACGACCCCACCAUCGAGGACAGCUACAUCCAACACACGGAAGUCGAUGGAAAAUGGUGCAUUCUUGAUGUAUUGGACACGGCAGGACAAGAAGAAUUCAGUGCCAUGAGGGAACAAUAUAUGAGGAAGGGCGAUGGCUUUUUACUAGUCUAUUCUGUUACUGACAAGCAGAGCUAUGAAAACAUAGUGAACUUUCACACCCAGAUCCUGCGAGUGAAAGACAGGGACGUUUAUCCUAUGCUCUUGGUUGCCAACAAAGUUGAUCUGGUCCAUUUGAGGAAAGUAACCGAGGAACAAGGACGAGAACUGGCCCACCGCCUUGGCAUUCCCUAUAUUGAGACCAGUGCCAAAGACCCUCCCUUGAAUGUGGAUGCAGCUUUCCAAGAGGUCGUGCGCAUAAUACGCAACCAACCAGCGUACGACUUGGAGAAAGGCCGGCGAGGCCGUCGGCGGUGCUGCAUCAUCUAACUCACUCUGUGUUCACAAAGGACUUUUCGCACAAAUCUUCGAAAAACUUAUACAAGCAUUGUCUGGACUGCAUUUAUUUUUUGCAUAAAUCUGCAGAUUAACAAGAGACUAACUACUACUCUGAAUGCUAUUUACCACUGAGAUCUGCAAAUAAAUGUCAGAAUGGGGUCCGGGAAUUGAUUUCUGACAACACUAAUUUACUACGAUAUUUGCAGAGAGGCAGGCUCAAAUUGGACAAUUUUGUUUCCUACACUGUUGCUGGUGAUUAGACGUAAGGCAGUUUUGUAGAAUACACAGCUGACAAUCUUUGCACUCAAAAGUAAUUUUCUUUUCCAAAGCUUUGUACUUUGAUUAUAAAAAAUAAUGACGGCAGCUGAUUUUACAAAGGCAGAAAAAUUUGUUUUUGCCGAGAUCUGUAAGAGAAAGCCUAUUUUUAACUUGGUGGAAUGAUUAUUGUUCCUCUUUUCCUAAUUAAAUACUCCAUAAUAUUAAGUUGAUGUCAAUUGAUGGUAAAUUAAGAAUUCCUGCAUUUUUGUUUAGUUGAAAAACUUUUAACAAUUGCAGUGCAAAGCUUUUUUAUUAAAUAUCUGUGUUCUAAACACCUUUUUUGCGCGCCGAGUCUAUUUCUAGUUUCAAUUGAGAUUUUAAUUAAAACUGCUACAACCUUAUGUGAUUUUCUUAUGUCAAAGUAUAACAUAAUAAUUAUAUUGUCUGAAUGUGAAAUAGGAAACUUUGAGAUAGGGCAGUGAAGAUUGUUUUAAGAAAUAAAUGCAACAAAUUAAAUGAAUUUGUCUGUUGAUCAAUGAGUAUGGUGUAAAAAUUACCCACGAUCAAGUCGCAGCAGCUCAAGAAGCUGAUACAAAUAUUUAUUUUUCAGUGUUUGUAGUUACCUAUGUGUCAAAGCAAAUUUUAUGUAUAGUUAUGAAAUGGAAAUAAAGAAACCAAAGAGCAUGAAAC